AUGGCUGCGAUCUUGGUUUUAUUCGCUGUGGUGUUCGUGCUCGUGCCGGUUGUUCAUGUCGUCGGCGAUGAAAUAGAACUAAGCAUCGACUGCGGUCUGCCCGACAUCUACGGCCCUUCCACGGACCCGGAGACCAAAAACUACUACGUCCCUGACGGCUCCUACGUCGACGCCGCCGGCGAGAACCACGUGGUGGCCGCCGCCGGCAACCAGGCUGGGCGGGUCCCUCCCAUUCAGUCGCUCAGGAGCUUCCCCUCCGGCGAGUGGAACUGCUACGCGCUGCCCACCCAGGCCCAGACCACGUACAUGGUGCGGGCGCAGUUCGCCUACGGCAACUACGACGGCAAGAGCAGCUCGUCGGUGCAGUUCGAGCUUCACCUGGGUUCCAACCUCUGGGACAUCAUCACCGUGACAACGGACGAGAGCAUCGUCACCAAGGAGGCCGUGUUCGUCGCGUGGGCCGGCUGGGCGCCGGUGUGCCUGGUGAACACAGGGGGCGGCACGCCGUUCGUGUCCGUGGUGGAGCUCAGGCGGCUUGGCGGGCUCUACCCGCCCGUGUCCAGCAACCGGUGGAUGUCAAUGUACGCACGGCGAAAAAUGGGUACAGACAUUUCUUUGGCCAGGCAUCCGGAUGAUCCGCACGACCGAACCUGGUCAGGGAUGACCAGUACUCAGUGGGUCAACCUCACCCUACCAACCCAGGAUGUCAUCCAGCCAGACUCUAGAUUCGACGUUCCCUCGACUGUUCUCCGGACAGCCGUAGCAGCAGCAGCAGCGGCUAGCAACACGUCGCUCACAGUUGUCGUGCCAAAUAAUAAAGGGUACAUCAGUACAGACCAGUACAUGGUGUUCCUGCACUUCGCCGACUUCCAGAGCACCCAGAUCCGACAGUUCAAUAUAUACGUCAACGACCAACAGCCAUGGCUGAGCCCAGUAAAACCUUAUAGCCUACAUUAUGACGUGGCAUUCUGUGUGUACAGUUCCGAACCGUACAGUUCAUCAGAUGGAAAGCACGACAUAACUCUUGUCCCCACUGCUACCUCUGAGCUUCCCCCAAUGCUCAAUGCACUUGAGAUCUACACUUUGAUCGACUUGGAUGAUGCCUCAUCGACAUUUCCUGCAGAUUUUAACACCAUUAUGGGUAUCAAAUUCGAUUAUGGAGUGAAGAAAAACUGGAUGGGGGAUCCAUGUUUCCCAUCAUCAUUAUGGAACGGUGUGGAGUGCAGAAAUAUAAGUGACUAUUGGAGGAUAACAUCAAUAGAUCUCUCCAGCAGCAACUUGAGUGGUGCAAUAUCUCAGAACUUUACAUUCCUCAAGGCACUCGAGAAUUUGGAUUUGUCGUAUAAUAACUUAAAUGGAAUUAUACCUGAUUCCCUACCAAGUUUGCCCUCACUUCGUGCUCUAAAUUUGUCAGGAAACGAUUUGACUGGCCCAUUUCCAGAUUCUUUAUGUAAAAACAAAACAGGGCUUGUUUUCAGCUAUGAACCUGGUGGACCUCGGUGCUAUAAAGAAUCAAAUCCAUCAGGAAAAAGGGCGACCGUCCUAGCUGUUUCAGUAGUGGUUCCUGUGCUGGUAGUGGCUGUACUUGUUCUUGGAUAUUUCAUCAGGAGAAAGAAAAUAGUGCCUAAUGUAUCUACAAAUGACGAUCGUGCAAGAGAGCCAGAAUUUGAGAAUGUUCCUAGAAGUGCAAAAAUCCAUGGGGAUCACCUGCAAGAUAGUGAGAAUCGCGCGUUCACCUAUAAAGAGCUGGAGAAGAUAACAGAUAAUUUCCAAAGGUUCGUAGGACAUGGAGGUUUUGGGCGUGUGUACUAUGGGCGUUUAGAAAAUGGUACUGAGGUUGCUGUCAAGAAGCAUUCUGAGUCAUCAUUACAUGGGCUAGAUGAGUUUGUUGCUGAGGUUCAGAGCUUGACUAAAGUACAUCAUAGGAAUCUUGUAUCUUUGGUUGGUUACUGCUGGGAGGAAGAUCACUUGGCACUUGUUUAUGAGUACCUGUCUCAAGGCAGUCUUUUUGAUCAUUUGAGAGGUAAAAAUAGUGUGGCUCAGACCAUGAAUUGGGAAACACGUGUACGAGUAGUGCUUGAAGCUGCACAAGGUCUGGAUUAUCUGCAUAAUGGUUGCAACCUUCCAAUAAUUCACCGGGAUGUGAAGACUAGCAACAUUCUCCUGGAUAGAAAUCUUGAAGCCAAACUAGCAGAUUUUGGACUCUGUAAAACCUAUCUUAGCGAUAGUCAGACUCACAUAUCAGCCACUGCAGCUGGCUCAGUUGGUUACAUCGACCCAGAGUACUACCACACUGGUAGGCUCACCGAGAGUAGUGACGUCUAUAGCUUUGGUGUUGUUUUACUGGAGAUAGCCACCGGCAAGCCUCCAAUACUGCCAGGCCAUGGCCACAUCGUUCAGCGUGUUAAUGAGAUGAUCACUGCAGGUGACGACAUUGGUUCCAUCGCUGAUGUGCGGCUGGAAGGUGCCUAUGAUGUAAAUUCCAUGUGGAAGGUGGUCGACACUGCCAGUAAGUGCACGUCAGAUGCUGCUGCUCAAAGGCCAACAAUGGCAACCGUGGUGGCGCAGCUGAAGGAGAGCUUGGCGUUGGAGGAAGCUCGUGAGAGAGGUAGUAGUAGCGUCAGGGCAACUCUAGGAGGCGAUAUCUCAGCUUUGCUAUCCACAGUUGGUCCAUCUGCCAGAUAA